CAUUCAUGUCACGGCCGGAAGCAGAGGGGAGGAUCCUCCCACAGUGGCUCGAUCGCCAAUGGACACCUACUCGAGAAGCCACGUCUGUCUCUGUCUCCGCCGCCUCGAGGCCAUCCGGGGCCACGCUCCGGUAACCAUCGCCGGAGCCCGGCGUAAGACCGGCAGCAAGUUCGUGGAGGGCGUCCACUCCCUCGCCCGUGCUCUGGCCGACUCCGGCAUCGCCAGAGGGGACGUCGUCGCCAUAGCCGCCCUUAACAGGUGCGAACCGAUUCUCCACCGUACCUUAAGAACGAGCGACUCCCAUGACACUCACAGUCGUACGUUUCUUGCUUCACAGCGACUGAGUUUUGAAGAGGCAAGGGUGGCGAUGAAACUCGUAAACCCCAAAAUGUUAGUGGUGGAUGAACACUGCAAUCGAUGGGCUCUCCAGCUCCAAGAAGAGGAGAAGAACUUGCCAUCUAUAAAUCUAUAUCUUCAUAUCGGAGAGUCUCCAUCAACAUUCAGCUGCAACCAUAACUAUUUGACUAUUGAAAUGGUUCGAGGAUUUGUCGAAGCUUCACCGAUGCCCGAUCCAAUAUUUGCACCAGGGGACAUUGCACUUAUAUGCUUUACAUCAGGAACAACUGGAAAGCCAAAAGGUGUUGCGAUAAGCCACACUGCGAUAAUUGUUCAAUCGCUAGCGAAGAUUUCUAUCAUUGGUUAUGGUGAGGAUGAUGUUUAUCUACACACAGCUCCUUUGUGUCACAUUGGUGGAAUAUCUUCUUGCCUGGCAAUGCUAUGGGCAGGUGGUUGCCAUAUCUUAAUACCCAAAUUCGACGCAAGGCUAACGUUUGAAGCAAUAAAAGAAUUCAAGGUGACUUCGUUUAUCACAGUUCCUGCAAUGAUGGCUGAUUUAGUUGCAUAUGAAAGAAAGUUUAACUUGUCAAGCAAUGGAGAAACUGUGAGCAAAGUUCUCAAUGGGGGUGGUGGCCUUCCACAAGAGCUUGUAAGAGGCGCUAAUCGAAUAUUCCCUCUUGCCAAGAUCUUUUCUGCUUAUGGAAUGACCGAGGCUUGUUCUUCGUUGACGUUUAUGACCCUCUGUGAUCCCACAGAUAAAAGAAAUGGGAUAUCUUUUCAUGAAGAAACCACCAAUGGCACUCUGGUGAGACAACUAGGAGGAGUCUGUGUUGGAAAGCCUGCUUCUCAUGUCCAAAUUAAGAUAUCUAGUAGCAAUGGCAGCACUUGUGAUCCCUUUGUUGGAAAUAUAAUGACAAGAGGCUUGCAUGUUAUGGCUGGGUAUUGGAACCACAAGGAGCUGAUCACAUUGGAUUUUGACAAGAAAGGAUGGCUUGAAACAGGAGACAUUGGCUGGUUCGACUGCCAUGGUAAUCUCUGGCUCAUUGGUCGUAAAAAGGCUUGUAUUAAGUCUGGAGGAGAGAAUGUGUAUCCUGAAGAGGUGGAAGCUGUGAUAUCUGAACACCCUGGAAUCUCCAGAGUUGUAGUGGUUGGUGUUCCUGACAUCCGCCUCAACGAGAAACUUGUUGCUUGCUUGAACAUAAAGGAAGGCUGGAAAUGGGUUGAUCGGAAUUCUAAGUAUGCGGCGGAGGAGAAACAAGUGUCGGAUGAGAUCAUCCAGUAUCAUUGCAGGCAUAAAAAUUUAACCAGGUUCAAGAUACCGAAAAUCUACAUGCUUUGGAGAAAGCCUUUUCCUUUGACUACCACAGGGAAGUUGAGAAGGGAUGAAGUGAGAAAGGACUUACUGUCCCUUGUGCAAUUACCAAGCAAUCUAUGAGUAGAAACUAGGUGUACACCAUUCUAUGUGCUAUGUGGGAUGCUGAUUUAUGAGGGAGGCCAUUCAUUUACAAAUGUAUGCUAAACAUUUUUUGAUAAUAGUAAUAAUACUAAUAUAAA